AUUGGAUACGUACUCCCAGACGACUUAUUUAUAUUGGAUUCACUCACUUCCCCUUUUGUACUCUUCUUCCUUCAUAGAUCAUAUCAAAUCGUAAACUGCCAAAAAGUCACCUACAAGAUCCCAAUCCAUGGAAGACCCAAAUCCCGAGCUCGAGCGAUUUCGACAGCAGUGGCGAGAGGAGGUAUCUGCGAAAGCUCAAGCAGGUUCUAAAGCUCCAAAAGCUCCAACAAGAGGGCCUCUCAAAUUUCCUCCCGUAUCCCAGUCUUCCGCUGGCAAGGCACCGAAACCCUUAAACGACGACGAUGACCAUGAAACCUUUCAAUCGAUUGCAGCACUGCCUGGAGGGAGAGUAGAAGAUGACGUUCAUGGCGGGGAUGGUCCUCUGCGCAAAGAGCCUCAGUCGGCUCUUGAACAUUACGAAGCAGCGGUAGAGAGGGAAAACCAAGGGAGUCUGGGGGACAGUCUCAACCUCUACCGCAAGGCUUUUCGAGUAAGAGCUACAGAGUUUCCAGGCAGGCAAAGUUAACAUUGUCGUAGAUGGACCACGCUGUGGACAAGAAAUACAAGAACAAGCACUUCCCUCCCUCCUCGUUCCCAUCGAAGCCCACCAACCCCAACCCUUCCAAUGCCUCUGCUACCGUUCCCAAUCCUGCCCACCACUCCCUCCACGGGCCCCCACAAACCUUGAAAGAGCUCACUGCCAGGUGCGCGGGUGUGUCAAUCCAGCCUGCUCCACCAUUGAUUGAAGGGAUGGCUGCACCGCCAUGCCCGGUGUCUUCUUUGCCUAGAGAGAUUCUAGUUCAAGUCUUCGAAGAGGUAGCAGUCUCAGACGUGGCCUCUUUCGUUCGACUUGCGCAGGUUUGUAAGCAUUUUGCGUUUAUGGUGUUGACAGAGGAACAGAUCUGGAAGAGAGUUUGUAUAGGACCGGAGUCCGGAUUUGGAGGAAUGCAUUUUGAGUGGCAGAGAGAAGUUUUGGGCGGUCCUUUGGAUGAUGAAAUACUGGAACUCCAGGAUCUCGCUAUUGUCGAGUCUGAGACACCUAAAGAAGCCUCACCUAUCCCUCUCACUAAGGAGGAGACCACAGAGCUGCUUUAUAGCGCGUACGCAUCUUCGUGGCUUCAGAUGUACCGUCUUCGUCCUAGAAUUUGCUUCAAUGGAUGUUAUAUCAGCACGGUCAAUUAUAUGAGGCCUGGACAGGGCUCUGCAACACAAGUCACUUGGCAUAGUCCAAUCCACAUAGUAACAUACUAUCGUUACCUGCGGUUUUUUCGUGACGGGACCGUCAUCAGUCUGCUUACCACCGAUGAGCCAGCGGAUGUCGUACGUUACCUAACGAAAGAACUUCAGGAGGCCCACCGCGGAGGCGGGUCAUCGCAUCUCCCCUCGGCUGUAAUGCAGAAUGCUUUGCGUGGGCGCUGGAGACUCUCAAAUGUCACAGAUAAUCCCGAGGCCAACAUGAAAGAUGCCGAAGGGGAUGUAUAUGUGGAGACAGAGGGAGCGAGCAAGAAGUAUUUCUACCGGAUGCAACUCUCCUUGCGAAGUACUGGAAAAGCAGCUCGAAACCGGAAAUUGACUUGGCAAGGCUUUUGGAGUCAUAAUAUUUUGACAGAUGAUACGGCUGAAUUCACUUUGAGGAACGACAAGGCGUUCUUUUUCAGCCGGGUCAAGAGCUAUGGUGCUGGGGCAUAGAGGAACCUUCUGAAAAAUGAUCAAAUUUCAUCAACCUACAACCUACUUCAUAUUUUGGCCUUACCAUAUAUUGAGUCUUUCCUGUGACUCAACCUCGGAAAUUCUGCGUCAGGGUCUGGCCUAUUCACGUUCAGAAAUUCGUGUGUCGAUUAAAGAGGUUCAGAUCACACUCGUUUUAAUAUAGACAAGAAGGGCUUGGUGCAUUUAGAGAGCUUCAUAGUGUUCCUCUUACAGAGUCCUCACUACUUCGUAAUAGAAAGUAAAACUCGGCUAAUCUG